ACCCCGCUGACUGUCAGUGCUUCACAGUGCUGUUUCAUGUCGGUUAUCGUGUUGCUGUUUGUGUCAGCUGUAAACAUCAGCACAGACCUAAGAAAGGCUGCUAUGUUGCUUGCUUACAACUCAACUGAUUCUAUAAACGACAUUUUUUCUUGAUUUGAAAUCAAUUCAAGCUCGGGUCUAGAAAAAGUACUUGGUCCCAAAGGUAUUUCCCAAAGACGGUGUUGGGUGAGAUUAGAGUUGUUGUCAACACUUCUUCAGGGAAAUGUCUAAGGCAUCCUCAAACAAGUUAAAUGGCGCUGGGUGACGUCACGGACCUAUUUACAUAUUCGCUGAGUCGUUGGGGUUAUUUGCAUAACAAAGCGUGUGAAUGCAGAAUGCUGGACGCAGUGUCGGUGACGGUGAGCUGGUUCGCGCAGCACGGUAAUGGGACGCUGCCUCCUCCUUCAGAGAACACAUCGGUUGGGCCCACAAGUCCAUCUCAAGCCAACAUCAGCCAGCCACACAGCUGCCUGCGGGUGCUUUACGAGGAUAUAGGCUCCUCCAGGGUGCGCUUUUGGGACCUGCUGCUGCUGGUGCCAAAUGUGGCCUUCCUCGUGUUCCUGAUGUGGAAGCUUCCAUCAGCUCGCGCCAAGAUCCGCCUUACCUCCAGCCCCAUCUUUAUCACAUUUUACAUCCUGGUGUUUGUUGUGGCAGUUGUCGGAAUCACUCGAGCAAUUGUCUCCAUGACCGUGAGUGCAUCCAUCGCGGCUGUCAUCAUCGACAAGGUGCUGUGGGAGAUCACACGCUUCUUCCUGUUGACCAUCGAGCUCAGCGUUGUCAUAUUAGGACUGGCCUUCGGUCAUUUGGAGAGUAAGUCGAGCAUCAAACGGGUGUUGGCCAUAACGGCAGUGUUAGCACUGGCUUACUCAAUUACACAGGGUACACUGGAGAUUCUUUACCCCGAUCAGCAUCUCUCUGCUGAUGAUUUCAAUAUCUACGGUCACGGAGGCCGACAUUUCUGGUUGGCCAGCUCCUGCUUCUUCUUCCUGGUUUAUUCUCUGAUUGUUGUUCUGCCCAAAACCCCGAUCAGAGAAAGAAUAUCUUUGCCAUCUAAGAGGAGUUUUUACGUGUAUGCUGCCAUUCUGUCAGUGCUGAAUAUGGUGCAGGGUCUGGGUAGUGCUCUGCUCUGCGCUGAUAUCAUAGAAGGCCUGUGCUGUGUUGAUGUCACCACAUUCCUCUAUUUCUCUGUCUUUGCUCCUCUCAUCUACGUAACGUUCCUCAAAGGAUUCUUUGGUUCAGAGCCAAAGAUCUUGUUCUCCUACAAGUCUCAGAUAGACGAGCCGGAGGAGCCUGAUGUGCACCUGCCUCACACUUCUUCUGCUGGCCUGGGCAGCAGGAAGGAGUUGGAGCACAGUUCCUACUCUAGCACACAGAUAGACACUUCAGGGGCUUAUCUGGACGACGUGGUGUCUGGCCCCUAUGGAACCGCACACAGCAUCAACAGCAUCGACAGUGACCGAUGGAGGGUCAUCAAUGCCUAGAGGAGGGAACGGGAUGGAACUGGAGCACGAAAAGACUGGCUUUAUCUGACCAAUUAAUGACUAACCUUCACCCAAUGAACUGCAUUCCCUUUAACGCAAUGAAUAGGCUUUGGAUUUGAGCUUGACUUGCAUGACAUCUCAGUAUAUGACAAGUUUGUCUGUGCUCAGUCAAGGUUAUUAUUAUUAUUAUUAUUAUUAUUAUUAUUAUUAUUUUUAAUUAGUACUUUUUAAAUACUGCUGUACACUUUCAGUUGUAGCACCAGUGUGUUACGAGGCCUGUGCAGUACCUAGAACAUUAUUGAAGGAAUAGUCAGGAACACACACGGCUUGGCUGGAAUUGAGCUCAGACAGAAUUAGCUGAAUGAUGAGCUGCUGAACGGGUAUUGUAAAAUACUGUGUACUGAGGGGUUUUUUUGUUUGUUUGUUUGUUUGUUGGUUUGUUUGUUUUAAAUCAUAGAAAUAGACCAAUUUAGAUAUAUUGUCUUGACCUGUGCUUGGAUCCACUGCUUCUGUGUUCACUUGUGUUUUUUAUUUAUUUUAGUGAUCAUGCUAGUUAUAUUUUACCCUGUUCCAAUAUCAUUCCAUUUGAGAAACAUGCAGCAUAAAAAAAAAAAAACUCAUCAUUUCAGGUUUCUGAUCCAUCAUGCUGUUUCUACAGACAUGGCUGGACUUUAAUGACCAAAAAUAUAUAUUUGAGUUUGAAAACUUUGUGCAUUUUGUAUUUAACAGUGAAAUCAUUGUUGAACUCGAAUAACAUGUCACAGGCUUACAACAUACACUGCAUAUUUUACAUUUUAAAUAUGGAUGAUUAUUUAUGGGUGAUGGUAAUACCAGAUCUUUUAUGUUCAUAGAAUGGAAACUGUCCAGAGAUCUUAGGGUUUUGUUUGUUUGUUUGUUUCGGCUGAAUGACUGAAUUUCUUGCCUUAGAGCAAUGCACACUACCUGCAUUAUCAAAAAUAUGUCCCAAGACGCUAAACCGAGCAUAAUUUAAAGCAGUCAUUCUAACAUUUAAGAUGCUUUUUAAAACCAGGCCCUGCUUGCCAGUUACUAAAAAGACUUCUUUUUUUAAUCCAGUAUAAAUCUCCCUGGAACUCCAGAGCACAGUAAUACUACAUAAAAUAUUACAUUUAGAAAGCUGGAAUGUUUCCACAAAAUGCUGUCAUACAGUAUUCAUGAAAAGUUUAUUUUUCCAUAUAUGUACAUAGUUGCAAUAGCUGUUGUAUAUUUUCCUGCCUGUAAUCAUAUAGCCUGUUUACUGUGGCAGUGCACGUUGCACGUCAUGGCAUCCUACAUCUGAACGCUGGUUUUGUAAGAUAGUGGCUGAAAUUAGUCAUUAAAACUUGUUACUGUGUGAUAACACCUCAUGAAAUCUGGACAUUCAUUUCCAGGACUAUUUUGAACACAGCUUGCCUGAAACAUUCAAAAAUGUGUAGUACACAAGCUUCAGUGAAUUUCACCACUGCACCUUCAACUGGUUUCAAACUGUACAAAAUGCAGCAUAAACUUGUUUACCCAAAAGCAA